CGAGAGGAAGAACACACCGGAAGCGGCCCCGAGGCCCGAACAUGGCGGCCGCCAGGUGCCUGCGCUGGGGUCUGAGCCGAGCCGAGGCCUGGCUGCUGCCGCCGCCCGCGCAUUACUGCCACCGGGCUCUGCACAAACAGGUAGAGGGCACCGAAUUCCGGAGCGCCUACAGCCUGGACAAGCUCUACCCGGAAUCGCGGGGCGCGGACACCGCCUGGAGGGUCCCGGACGACACAAAGGAAGGCAACGAUGACAUUCCUGUAGAUCGCUUGACGAUAUCUUACUGUCGGAGCAGUGGUCCUGGGGGCCAGAACGUUAACAAAGUGAACUCCAAGGCCGAAGUCAGGUUCCACCUGGCAAGCGCCGACUGGAUCGCAGAGCCCGUGCGGCAGAAGAUGGCCCUCACGCACAAAAAUAAGAUCAACAGGGCGGGAGAGCUGAUUCUCACCUCUGAAUGCAGCCGCUAUCAGUUCCGAAACCUGGCAGAUUGCCUCCAGAAGAUUCGAGACAUGAUUGCUAAGGCCAGCCAGCCAGCCACGGAGCCGUCCAAAGAAGAUGCUGCACUGCAGAAACUCAGGAUAGAAAACAUGAAUCGCGAAAGGCUCCGAAAAAAGAGAAUAAAUUCUGCCAUCAAGACAAGCAGGAAGGUCGAUGUGGACUGAAAUCAUCCCUUGAGCCGGCAGAGACCCUCUGCAGGGCACCCAGGUGGCUGCCGCCAGGGAGCUUGGACACCAGCAGGAGACGGCUGUCUGUUCAUGUCAGUGCUCUCUGUCACAUCGGAACCGUCGCACGAAUGUCCGUCGGGAACGAGGGUUGUAGGCCCUGGUCGCUGAGGUCUUUAGAGGCGAUCACCAUGUUGUCAAACCUGCCUUAUCCAUUCACCGUACUAGUUGCAAUAAAAUUCUAAAC